GUAUGAACCUUCUUUCUCAGCUCGCUGCUUGCUGCUCACUGCUGCCAGCUCUCUCCCAGCAUUAUGGCUUUCACUGGCAAAUUUGAAUUUGAGAGUGAGAAGAAUUAUGACGAGUUCAUGAAGCGCCUGGGUCUUCCUGCAGACGUGAUUGCCAAGGGGCGUGGCUUCAAGAUCAUCACGGAGGUACAGCAGGACGGGCAGGACUUCACCUGGACCCAGUCUUACUCUGGGGGCAACAUCAUGACCAACAAGUUCACCAUUGGCAAAGAAUGUGAAAUGCAGACCAUGGGAGGAAAGAAGUUCAAGGCUACCGUGAAGAUGGAAGGCGGGAAGGUGGUGGCAGACUUCCCCAACUAUCACCAGACUUCGGAGAUUGUGGGUGACAAGUUGGUGGAGAUCUCUACCAUCGGGGACGUGACCUAUGAGCGUGUAAGCAAGAGGCUGGCCUGAGCCACUAGGCUGGGCCUCGAGGGGCUACAACCCACCAAUAAAAGUGCUCUGUGAAUGACCGCCGCUGGCUCC